AUGGAUGUUACUAUCCAGCAUCCCUGGUACCGUCGGCCUUGGUUCCUUGGCAUCUAUCCUUAUAGGAUUUAUGAUCAAUAUUUUGGUGAGCACCAACAUGACAGUGAGCUUUUAUCACCACUUUACUCCAUGUUUUUCUAUCGUCCUUAUUUCUGGCGCUUCCCAAACUGGUUUGACAGCGGCAUGUCAGAGGUGAGAAUGGAUAGAGAUCACCUUGUUGUCAAUCUGGACGUAAAGCAUUUCUCUCCAGAGGAGCUGACAGUGAAGGUCAAUGAUGAUUAUGUUGAGAUUCGUGGAAAACAUGAUGAACGUCAGGAUGACCGUGGAAUUGUUGCACGGGAGUUUUACAGGAAGUAUAAGAUCCCUGCAGGUGUAGAUCCAGGGGCCUUCACCUCCUCUCUGUCCUCUGAUGGUGUGCUGACCGUCUGCGCACAUCGCCACAUGGAUGCCAUUGAGCGCAACAUGCCCAUCACCUGUGAAGAGAAGCCACCGGUUCAAAAUUAAACCUGUCUAUAGCUGCACCUCUGCUUCUUAUCUCCAAACAACAUCCGGCAACUUCCUCACCCGAUGAACUAGGCAUUAAAUUAAAUGCAUCAUUGUAACACAGCAUAACCCAGAAAUACUACAGAAAUAUGUCUGUCCAGCUUACAUUGAAUAAUAUCACGCAUCAACACACCGAAAAAAUGUUCUUUAUGUCUUUAAAUGCAGGUUUGGUUUGUUAUAUUUAUGGCCUACAGUGGACAGUUGUAUGUAAUCAUGUGGUUUGACUCGGAUGACUAGAUGCUUGUCAUUUUGGCUUUAGGAGGAAACUGUAGUUUACAUUAACAAGUUAAAAUGGGAUUGUGUGCAGCACUGGUCUCUGCAUUUAAAGUUAAUAAA